AUGGAAAAUUCGAUUGAGAUUCCACCGCUGAAUGAAGAACCCGUGUUCAUCGUAGCCUUACAAGUCAUCUUUGUUCUACUUCUCAUCAUUUUCGGUCUCAUCGGAAAUUUCAGUGCUUGCGCUACGGUUUAUACACACCGUCAUCUUCAAACAGUCCCAAACUUCCUGAUUGUAAAUCUCAGCAUCUCAGAUAUUCUGCGAAUUGCCCUUACUCUCUCAGUUUCAGCCGGUGUCCUCAUAAAAAGGCAGUGGAUUUUAAACGAAACUCUCUGCCGCGUUAACGGCUGCUACACGCUGACGUUUCUUUUGGCGUCUUUAAUGUCAGUGACAAUUAUAAGCGCCAACAGGUAUUUUUUGAUCGUACGCCCCAGUGAAAGCGUCACAUUUUUCAGCAAACGAAGGACAAGAGCGAUGGUGGUACUUCUGUGGUUUCUCGCCGUGUUUAGUUCUCUUCCACCCAACUUUGGCUGGGGCCAUUAUGGAUUUUUCGCUUCCCGCGCGACUUGUUUCAUCGCUGUCGGAAGCAGUUACUCCUACACGACUUUCCUGGUGCUGGCAUUCAUUGCAACGCCAUUUUCGGUCUUGAUAUGGUGCUACUUCAAGAUUUACAUGGCUAUUAGAAGAAGCAGAAGACGUGUGAUGGAGCAGGGCAUGAGAACUUUAGCCAGGACACUGAGUGCGGAAGGUAAAGAAAGCCGGAUCCACAAGGAGGUAAGUAAUAAAAUUGGCUGUUUUAUAAUUAUUAUUAUUAUUAAUUUGCCUUGAGUACUUUAUGAAAAGCCUUCAUGUAUUUGGCUUAUAUUGAUGAUCCCUCUCUGCAAUACAUGGUCCAUAGCCUCUUACACUUGUUUAAAGCCCACUCUGAGAAUGAUAUACACAGAGCAAAACAAAACCCAAAAUUUGAAGUGAAACAUUGAGAACACCAUAUUUCAAAGUGAUAACUGAUUUAAAAGGCAUCACCAAGUUUUCCGUUAACGGACUAACGGUGGGUUUUUUGGUACUUGUUACUGUUCAUACUCGAGAAUUUUUUUGGUAAUCUAGCGAUUGAACUUUCGAUCGAUCGAUAUAUUUUGUUUGUUUAUGAUCCCAGUUCCAAUGUUGCGUAAGUUUCUGUUUCUAUCAUACCUAUUCAAAAACACUUGAAACAUCUUUUAUUGUAAAGUCUGGUCCUUUUUUUUCUCCAACUUGAGAAACUAAAAUAAUCGACAUUCACAGUAUAUAAUAAGGUUUUCUCUUUAUUUUGUUAGAUUUGAAACAUGUUUAAAUUAAUUUCAGUUCUUGGCAUGGAAAUGAGUUUAAAAAGGCAAAAAUCUAAUGAAUUGUUUACCUAAUGCCCAUUCUCAUUUGUGACGUUUUAUCGUUCUGAAGAAGAAACGUACCAGAUCACAUUUCGUCUUUCAAUACGUACCUUGCGCAUUCUUAAUAAGUGUUAUUUUGCCUUCAUGUUAGUCUUUAUUGAUCAAAUUUUUUGAGGACAUAAACUCAAAAAUUGUCGGAAAAAUACCGGCAGGAAAUGUCAAGCACAUAAUUUUUUUUUUUUUUUUUAUCAUUUCUUUUUCAUUGUGGCCGACAUUUCUGUCAAAGAAAAUCAUGACAGUGGCUUAUGACACGAAAGCAAUAACCGGCAGCAGUUUUACCAAUGAGGUAUUUUUCUCUCGGGGAGGUACUUCUGGGAAUUCUUGGUGGGAGUGUGCCGCCCAGUUCUCCAAAUCCUGACCCUAUUUCAGACGAAAAAAUGUCAUUUUUCACAUUCGUUUUCAGACCUGGCCUCUAAGAAAUUAUGUUCUCCGCUAUUACUUACAGCUUUAGAUCAGAACACCAACAAAAAACUAUUUCUUAAAAUCCACUUCGAAUUCGCACAUUUCUCUUUUUUUCUAAUUCAUUUGGAAUUGAAGUGAUGAAUACGUUCAUACACUCCCGUAGUUUCAACGAAAACCAUACCCAAUUCCAGACCAAAACGGCACAAAAUCAUACCCUUUGGGGCGUACCCCUCCCCCGGAUUUUAUUUUCAUACUCAACUCUCUUAUACACCGGACCAUAGAGUGAACAGAAAUUUUUUAUACGUUUUAAAUUAUCGAUGUUCUAAAUAAGGAAAUUCUUAUCAGGUCUGUUGUGAAGGCUAAUGGUGUAAGACGUAUGGCUUUUGAAACGCCCACGUGCAUACGCAGUUUGGUGUUGCUUUUAGAGCACGAGGUUUCUAGUUUUCUAUCUGUUCAGCCAAACAUUGUGUACUAGUCAGUGACAACCGAUCAUUACUCUUGGCAAACACGUGUAGAUGCACCCAGAGUAUGCAAAGGUAAACCAGCCUCGGCAGUGAAUGCUAAUGUAAACCUGACUGAGUGCGUUUAUACUGGAUAUGCCAGGGGCCCAUAACCCGGAGUGAGCAACUCCCAUACUAGGUCUAUGUCACGGCGUUUUUACGGACCAUUUUAUUUUUAGACACAUUGUAGGGCACUUCUUCCCACGAAAAUAGAAUCUUCACCAUGUCUAUGAGCGCAUUCGAAGUAUAAAAAACUAAAAGGCAAAAAAUAUCUUAUUUAAGUCUGUAGGUUUUGCUGACUGGUUUGUGGAGUUUAAAAGGUAUUCAAAAUUCGCGCCAAAACCGUUCUAAAAAUAAACUAGUCCGUGAAAACGCCGUGGCAAGAGCGCAUGGAAAUUGCUCGCUCCGGUUAUGGGCUCCUGUUAUGCUUAAAUAUGUGUAUAUUUAGAAAUAUAUUAAGCAUAUAAAAUAUAUUUAAGCAUAACAGGAGCUAUAACUAUUAAAAUAGUUAUAGCGUUGACCGCGAAGGGUGGUUCUAGAGAGUCAAAAGCCAGCAAAAAAUGUCACUGUUUGGCAGAAAUAUUUAGUAAAAAUUAUUGUUUUCAUUGUGAUUGUGCACUCCGAAAGUGAAAUGUUCAACAUAAAGGCACUUUCUUAGAGCAAAUUAAACGUCUAUUGAGGGUAAAGAAUCAUAGAUUUACUUUGUAAAAUUGAAGACGCUAAAUUAAAGGAGGUGUAGUAACGAAUAAUCUAACAAUGGGUAACCGUAAAGAACAUAUACUCGGGUAACGAGUGUCUCUUGCAGGGUAGAAAGCACCGCCAAUAGAUUUUGGAGAAAUAUCGCUUUUAUUUCUUAUAAACCAAUUUCUUUCCUUUCUGUACAUCAGUAAAAUUCCAUGUGGCUUAUUCUUUGACCCCAAGUGCAACUAAACUAAGAGGUAGCUUGACAUUUUUUUCUUUUGUCAAAGAAAAGACUUGUCAAGUUUUCCCAUAAACACUCACAAGUUCACCACGAGUUUAUUCGCCAUGUCACCCUUUGACGAGUGAAAAACUGGUUACGAUGUGCAACCACAAUGCUUCUUGGAAUUGUUUGAAGGGACAGCGGGAAAGUCAACAAACAUGGUGCCCUCACUACAAAUGCUUCAAAUACUGUUUUAAGGUGGCUCGAUACAGUUUUUAUGGGUCAAUCUGUGGAGCGGUUUAAGAAUCAUUUGCUAACUUGUUAAAGUGGACCGAAAUGUUUACAAAACCGCUAACGAGAGCGCCUCGAUAAAUACUAACCAAAUCCUCCUUUCUAGCAGUCGGCUGAAUCUAUCUCCAUGAUCUUUCACACACGUUUAUAAGAAGAUUUAAACUACUAUGAGGUAAAAUUGCAUGUUAAAAGCGUUUCGUUUUCUACAGGUAACCUCAAAACAUCAAGAUUGUCUAUUUUUUACUAUAUUUCUAACCAUUAAAACUUCAUCCCAAAAUAUCUUGAUAACGUUCUUACAGAUUUCGCUUAAACUUCACGGACAUCGAGGCCGCUAUUGGAGGAAAAAGCUCCAGUAAACGAUUUUGGAAGAACAGUGCCCAGUACCGCGAAAUACUGCUGCAAGUAAAAUAAGUCAUGGCGUCGUAUCGUUUCUAUGACAACUCCGAUGCCAUUGUAACUCUGGUCAUAACAAAUUUUCAUCUUUAUCUAAUACAACUGUUGUGAAAACGUUUCCAAAUCUUUGUUUAUGGCGACGUAGUUUUAUGCUCAAACUUGCCCCUGAAAAACUGCAUCGAGUCACCAUACAAAUUUUUGCCUGUGGAAAGGAAAAUCCUGGGCAUUGGAAUCCGGAAUACUGCUGUAGGAUUCCGGAAUUCCACUAACAAUUGGAAUUCGGAAUCUAAGUUCUACUGUAAAAUAUCUGGAAUCCAGUGAUUGGAAUCCUAAAUCCAAGGCGUGGAAUCCAAAAUCCAAGACUAUCUUGGAUUCUCUUACAUGGGGCGAGUAACAGGUGGCUUGCUGCUGUCCGCCAUGUUUUUUUCUGUAUCUCCAAACAACCCCUACAGCUUUUGCGUUAAUAAGUCGUACUGAAUUUCCUUUCUUAUCUAUCUCCAGGUAAAAGUUGCAAAAACCGUCCUUCUAUUGAUUGGCGUAUACAUAGUCACGUGGAUUCCAAUUCUUGUCAUCCAUUUCUUGCGCGUGGCCCGGAUCGGUUACAUUCCUGACUCGGUUGAUCUUGCUGCAGCAUUUCUUAUGAGCAUGAGUUGCGCGACUAAUCCUUGGAUCUACGGCUACAGAAACAGACACUUUCGUGACCAGCUAAGGCGUAUGCUCUGUAUAACGAACCGCGUGACACACCUUGUGGAGAGGCAGCAAGUAAUGAAUAACAUCGGCCAUCACAAGUGA